AUGGAUGAAGAGGAGGAGGGGCCAACAUGGAAGAUGUACUUCGACGGGGCUGCUAAUUCCGUGGGAUCCGGAGUUGGCGCAGUGUUGAUAUGCCCUGACGGACGUCGUUAUCCGGUCGCUGCAAAAGUGGAUUUCUCUUGUACCAAUAAUGUGGCCGAGUACGAGGCAUGCAUUCUCGAUUUGCAAGCGGCGAUCGACUUCAGGGUGAAAGAGUUAGAGCAAAAUGAGCAGAAACUACGAGAAAGGGACUUGGAAGCAGAAGCUGAGGAGGAUGAGACUGAACCUGCUGGGAAGUCUACCACUCCCCACAUGUUCUGCAAGACCCUCACUGCUUCCGACACGAGCACUCAUGGUGGAUUCUCUGUCCCUCGGCGGGCUGCUGAGGACUGCUUCCCUCCCCUGGACUACAGCCAACAGCGGCCAUCACAAGAGCUCAUAGCAAAAGAUCUACAUAGCUUGGAAUGGAAGUUUAGACAUAUAUAUUGGGGUCAGCCACGAAGGCAUUUGCUCACUACAGGAUGGAGUGCAUUCGUGAACAAGAAGAAGCUUGUAUCUGGAGAUGCCGUGCUUUUCCUCAGGGGUGAAGAUGGCGAAUUAAGACUGGGAAUCAGGAGAGCCGCUCAAGUUAAAGGUUCUGCUACUCACCCAUCUCUACGAAUCCAACACCUGAAUCAGAGUGCUCUUAUGGAAAUCCCAAAGGCUCUUUCAGUUGGAGGCGUCUUCAAUGUCUACUAUGAUCCAAGAUCAACCACUUCUCACUUUAUAAUACCUUACCGCAAGUUCUUCAAGAGCCUUGAUUGCUCUUUUACCCCUGGGAUGAGGUUCAAAAUGCGUUUUGAAGGAGAGGAUGCAUCCGAGCAGAGGUACUCGGGAUUUAUUUCUGGCGUCAGCGAUAUUGAUCCCAUUAGAUGGCCCGGUUCAAAAUGGAGGUGUUUAACGGUUAGGUGGGACAAUAUGGAUGCCAUUCAAUGCAACAGGAUUUGUCCAUGGGAAAUUGAGUCAUGCAGUUCAGUACCUGCUGCAAAUGGCUUUAAGUUGCCUGGCUCUAAGUGGACCUGGUUCGGGAUACCUCCAGUCGGUCCAGAAUAUCCAGUUCCAAAUGGAUUUGGAGCACCAGACUUUGGGGAAUCUUAUAGGUUCCAAAAGGUCUUGCAAGGUCAAGAAAACUCUGGUUUUGAUGCUGCCGCUUGUAAUGGUAUGGAAUCUCAGAACCGUCCUCUCUCUGAACUGAGAAGGAACUUAUUGGGUUCGAAUGGUUCUCAAGCCAUAGGCACAGCUUAUAACUGCAUAGGCUUUGGUGAAUCUUUCCGAUUCCAUAAGGUCUUGCAAGGUCAAGAAACAUUCCCAAGACAGUCGUACGGGAAAUCCAUCUAUGAUAAUGAGGUCCGUGCGGACAGAAGGUUUGGGUCCUUUGAUACUGUUCAAGCAGUGAGUUCGUGGAACGUGUGGUCUGGGUCAAGCUUCAUGAUUGGCCCUAACUCUCAUGUCGGCCCACAAGCAAUACCUGCCCAGGCUUCUUCGCUAUCUUCAGUGUUAACAUUCCCCAAUGCAAUGACAAACUUCAAAAUGCUCCCUUGUCUUCAUGAAGUGAGUAAGGGACUUAGAGUCGGGAAUGAAGGUCUGAAAGGCGAUUCUUUACUUUGGGAUAGAAAGCUUGGGAUUCCUGAUGAUUGCAAUCAUUCACGGCCUCUGCCCCCUUCUCAUCAUAAAGGGAAUCAGGAUGUAGCUCCUUUCAAAAGAGGGUGUCGGCUAUUCGGCUUCUCGUUAAUGGAAGGCGAGAAGUUUUCUGAAAAAGAAGCUGACUUGGGCCUGCCGCCACUUAAUCCAGAUGCUUCAAUUUGCUCACAGUUAUCGACUAAAGAGUUCGUGACCUCCAUUUUGUAAGAGCAGCACUGUUCGUACUUCGGGGUUGUAAUCUGUGGAAGGUGUGAUAGACUUGUGUGGUUAUGACUUUUAACUUAGCUGGGGCCUCCAUAAGUUUCGGGCUUUAGCAUAUACACGUGAGUUGAAAGGUAUGGCUUCGGCUUGGAAGUUCUCGUAGUCAUAGGAGUUUAGGCCCAUGGGGUUCCUUGCAGCCGUUGUAAUCUGUUGAUACUCAGAGAUUUCCCUGGCAAAGUAUCUGGGAAAAGCGACGUAGAACAUUCUUAGAUUGGAGAGAUAAUUGGUACCUGAGGUCGUCGAAGAUUGUUUAGUUUACAAAUGA